UGCAGCUAAAGAAGCGGGACGCGAGAGCAGUCUGGUUUGCCGAUGCCGUUCGCCCUCACAGAGACUGACCAAGACGAUCAUUCACAGUUUUCUUUUUAAACGUGUAGAUGAAGAAGCUCCGUUGCGAUCGAAGGCUGGGUGCUGAUUACUCGCCUAUUUGGCUUGGCAUGUUCUGCCGUAACAAAGCAUAACGCCGGGAUCUGUUAGAGAAGAAGAAGAACAACACGGCAGAAGGCCUGGAGAAACAAGCAACGUCACAGGAGGAGUUCCUGAAGAAAAACAGAACAGAGUAAAGCUGCGCAGGAGAAGCAGAGGGGUAGUGAAGAGCUAAAUAGAGGGAAAGUACUGGAAGUAUUUCGAGAAGGAGUGACGGGUAGAGAGUCACAUAAAGGAGAGAGGAGACAAAUCGUGCCAAGCAUGAGAGAGGAGGAGCAGUCUAAUGAGGACCCCCCAGAGGGAGGGGUGGUUUCCAGCGAGGAGAACACGGUAAGACCACCUUCUAACACCUGUCCUGUUGUCGUGGCCACGCCGGGGGUCAUCGGGCGUAAGCGGCACACGGGCUCGCAUCCGGAGGAUCACGUUACCACGGUUACUCCCACAACAUCAGCACACAACGGCAAGACCAAGCCAGUGGAAGACACCCAGAUCCAGACGCUGACGGGACCGAAAAGGCACAAAAGGAGUCCUCAAGAUCGGUCGCCUUCCUCGGGCCCUUCUCUCUCUCCGGGCCCCAAUGCGAGUCCCGGAGACCUUGAGGACCCACACGGCCAGCGGGUGAUCGCCAACAUCCGGGAGCGCCAGCGGACACAAUCUCUGAACGACGCCUUCGCAUCGUUGCGUAAAAUAAUCCCGACGCUCCCUUCUGACAAACUGAGCAAGAUCCAGACCCUUAAGCUGGCGUCGCGCUACAUUGACUUUCUGUACCAGGUUCUGCAGAACGACGAGAUGGACACUAAGCUGGCUGGAUGUAACUACCUGGCCCACGAGAGACUGAGCUACGCCUUCUCUGUGUGGAGGAUGGAGGGGGCCUGGUCGACCAUGUCUGCUGGUCACUAGCGUUGCCUCAAAGCCAAAGUUUGUCUUUUGACUGUUGUGGGGAAUUCCACACAAUGGGGACUUUUUCUUACUAGAGACAGAGGGUUGAAGCUAAAUGUGAACUCUGUCUGCUCACGAGUCGACUAUCUAACACCUCAAUUUAAAUCUUGGUUUGUUUGCCUCAACGAUGCUAGGACUAUUUGAUACUCAAUCAUGAUCAUUUGGACAACGGAGUUUUAAUCGACUGACCACAUUAAGAGAUUUCUUCAUUGCCAAGCGAGAUUUCAGAUGGAUUCUUAAACUUCUAUUUUGUUAUUUUUGUUUUUGUUUUGCUUGCCAAAAGCGACCCUUGCUGCUCAGGGGAGCCAAUGACAAUUCACAACAGGGACAUUUGGCUGAGUGUGUGGUUCCUGUUUUUUUUGUUUUUCCCAUCACCAUCUCUUCCUCAUCUUCAUUGGUAUGGCCACUUUUGAACAUCAUUUAAUGCUUUUGUUUAACUUUAUUUCUGCCUCUUGCUAGCAAGUGCUUGUUCAAGGAAAGUCUGAACUGGAAAGACAAAUUGGAUGUUCCAAGAGAGAUUGGACCUCUGACUUUUCCGUCCCCUCUCAACCCCCGCUUUGCCACGACUGACAUAUCAUGAAUAUUGGCCACCCCAGAAUACGAGCGACGGUGGAAAAAGUAAACACGGGCAGCCGUCAUCCUGACUUAAGUUUCUUCUCUUUGUACCCAAACCUAAGCCCCUUUGUUUCUUCUGGUGCCAAAAAAACUCUCCUCUUUAAAUUCUUUCCUCUCGUUCUGGCCCAAAUUUGCCUGCGUUGCACGAAACCGUGAUGCAGCUACAGCGAGCUGACGAGGAGGCGUAAUGAAAACAAACUGCCUCGAAAAAGCCAUGAAUCAUGCGUGUCACCAUCAAAGGGGAGGCUGAUGUGGCUCCCCGCUGGGCUCCCAUAAACCACUGGAAGUGAUGGAGGAGCUGCUGUAUGAAGUGACUGUGAUCUCCCCUGUACAUUUCUGCUCCAUUACUGUCAUUCCAAUCGCAUGGACUUUGAUGCCAAUGGAAUUUUAGGAGAAAAGGACAAUCAACAUAUUCAAGAGGCAUCUUUGUGAGGAUGCAGACUCACGUGGGAAAAUACGACAUUUGUGGACCAACUAAACAAUCAAAGAGCUUUUACUUACAUUACUUGCUGAGUUGGAUCAGUUUCCUGCUUUUACUCCUGGAUGUUAUUCUAAAAGAACUUCUAUCAUAGCCGUCAUCACAGAACACUUAACCUGCAGUGAAAGCAAGACUUGAAUUGCAGACAAUGAUUGGCGCAUUUGUCACUUUUCACCAGUUCAAAGACUUUUUUUUUUUUUUUUUUUAAGGAGCAUUUUUACUUGAAGUAUAUAUGACAUGGUGCUUUACAAAAAGACGGAACCUGAUGCAGUAUGACUAAGUAAUAUAAAACAAGCCGAAAAAUCCCUGCAGAAUUAGAUGUAGUGAUGCAUACAGCAUGCGAGUCAGUAUUUGAAUAAAACUGUCUUCAAACUAUUUACGAGAUUCUUGUUGUUGGUAAAAGCGGACGAUGAUCGGUGCAAAGACUCAUACUGGCACCACACCCGCUUUGUCUCCUGUCUCUCUUGUUAAACUGCCUCUCUUGUUUUCCCUUCCUUCCUCUGGCCUGUUUUUUUUUAAUGAGGUCUGUGUGCUUUUGCCUGGUCAGUCGGGAACACUUAAUUCUCUCAAAAAGAACAAGUUAAUGUGCAAUUAAGCGGCUCUGGGAAUAUUUAUAGCCUGUUUUAGGCCCAAAUUCAGAUUUGUGGCUUGAUCUUUUCUGAUAAGCAACAGCGGCCUGCGUGUUUGCUGUUAGUUAUCCUGAUACUUUAGCAAGAGGCUGUUAAAAGCUUUCGCACAAUGGUAACCCACGAGAACAGUGUUAACCGUAGGGCAUAACUGCUUUGAUCGAUGUCGGUAAAUGAUGAACCAACGGAUAGUCACACAGCUCUCAAAGAAGACCCUUCAGUUUGCUUGUCCGCUCUGGUAUUUAUUUUAAAUCUGAGUACAAGCAAAUCAAUACCAGUCUCAAUUGAGUCGCAAGUUUUUAAGAAGAGUUCAACAAUGCUUUGGACCAAAUAGGAUUACUAUUAACUUCUUGCUGUAAAACACAGCACUUUAAAAAACAAUACUGGUUCGUUAUUUAGUGCAGUAUGUUCAAUAAAUGAGCAAACUCACGCAAAACACUGAUGCAACUAGUUCUCUGAGGCUCUGCUCGCACGCAGAGGAGUUUCCAGUGGAUCGGAUUACCCUUCUGCCUGUGGAGGGAAGUGGUGAUGGAAAUCGAUUUGAAUUGAAUUGAGGAUUGUCCCAGGAAUCAGGUGCCACGCAACAAAUAGGAGAGGGACGUGUCACUCAAACAGUUCUGAGGAGAGGUCUAAUCCAUCACAUGAAGUGGGUGAACCAUGAUGAGGGUUAUUUUAUAUUCUGUUGUCACUGUUGAGCAUGCCAUGUUUUGCAUCAGGUUUAUUAUCAUCACUGCUGUUUUAUUGGGAGGGAUAAGACUAAUAUUCUUUGCUGAACUGUUGUUGUACAGCACAGAACAGUUUUUCUUGUCCGAUAUACUACGUAUAAUAUUGUUACAGUUCAAUCAAGUGUUUUUUUUACUCUUUACCAAUAGAACAAUCGUUCGGACUUCUGCUGAUUGAUAACAGUCGAUAAAGCUUUGUUUCACAGAGCGUAACCGUUUGCAUGCUCUGUGGGUCCGUGCAGCUCACUGCGCACAGCUGGGUUCAAUGCCACUGGUUCAUGGGGAAAAAAACAAUACAUUCAAUACAUAAACUAAUACACAAGUUUUCUAAAAAAAAAUAUUCAAGUGAGGCAUCAUCUUGUAAAAGGUGAGCAUUCUGUUCAUUACAGUUACUUAUAAUCACAAAGAAAUGAAUUAUUUUUGUAUGAAAAAUAAAAUAAUAUCAGUGACUGAAAGCCCCGGCAGUUUUGCAUUCACAACACUUUUUUGGGUUUAAUGAAAGAGGCCUCGGGUAACGGGUUAUACUGAGA